AUGAAUGCACUUCCGUCUUUCGCCGUGCCUCCGGGCCAGGAUAUCACGGUGAAGUUAAUAAACACAGUCAACUUUGGACCGGCACAGCUACAUAGAUUUAUGGCUCCGCCCGUUCCGGGCAUGGAGACACACCCAAGCAAUCCUUCGUUCUCAUUUUUGUUGGAGCACGCUUCAGGAAGGAAGCUCGUUUUCGAUCUUGGUAUUCGGAAAGACUAUGGAAAUUAUGCACCCAAGAUCGCCGAGUACAUACCAACGACCAAAUACAACAUCGAGGUAACAGGGAACGUGGUCGAUAUUCUGGAGGAGAAUGACAUCAAAGGAAAAGACAUUGAGGCUGUCAUUUGGAGUCAUUGGCACUGGGAUCACAUCGGUGAUCCUUCGACUUUUCCAUCAACAACCAACCUGAUAGUCGGGCCUGGUUUCAAGCAAGCUAUGCUCCCGGGUGCUCCCACAAACCCAGACUCGCCAUUAAGAGAAUCAGACUAUGCGGGAAGAAAUCUUCGUGAAAUCACCUUUGAAGAGCCUGGUUGUUUGACCAUAGGCCAGUUUCGUGCAUUUGACUACUUUUGCGAUGGAUCCUUUUACCUACUUGACAGCCCUGGCCAUGCAAUUGGGCACCUCUGUGGUCUUGCGCGAACGACCAAAGAUCCCGACACGUUCGUCUUUCUGGGGGGCGAUGUCUGCCAUUAUGGAGGGUUAUUCCGACCAUCCAAGUAUCUCAGUGUACCCGAGUCUAUUCACCCUCACCCAUGUCAUCCAAACAGCGAUAUCGCAUUCUGUCCAGGCGGGGCUUUCGCUGAACUACAAGAGUCGCGGGGUAGAGGCGUCAACGACCCACUCUUCAUUCCGACUUUCGGCCACAACAUUCCUCAAAUUAUCGAGACUAUUGGGAAGCUCCAAGAGGCUGACUGUCAGGAUAAUAUUUUUGUGAUCAUUGCACAUGAUGCGACUGUUAGGGAUGCAGUAGAUCAUUUCCCUUUAAGUCUAAACCAGUGGAAAAAGAAAGGAUGGGGGAGAGAUCUCAAAUGGAGAUUCUUACGAGAUGCCGAGACAUAUUGGAAGUCGAAAGGAGUAAUGUAA